GAUUUUUUAGCUGCCACCAGCUGCCACUGUAAAUUUAUAUCUAACCUGUACUGUCAUUUGUCUUGACUGAUAUAAAUUUAUAUUCAACAAACAUUCUUAUUAAUCAUCAUUCACCUGUCACUUCUUAAUCAACGAAAUAACUCGACAUGGCUCAAGAAGUUGAAGAAACCAUGAAACGAAUCCAGUCUCACAAAGGUGUUGUGGGUACAAUUGUUGUUAAUUCCGAAGGUAUUCCAAUAAAAUCAACCCUUGACAACACCACGACAGUACAAUAUGCGGGAUUGAUAAGCCAGCUAUCAGACAAAGCGCGUUCUGUCGUCCGUGAUCUAGAUCCAACAAACGAUCUGACAUUUUUACGUAUUCGGAGUAAAAAACAUGAAGUAAUGGUUGCACCUGACAAAGAAUUUAUAUUAAUUGUCGUGCAAAAUCCAGUUGAUUAACCAUCGCCUUGUAGUUUAUUUAUUAUUCCAAAUUAAAUAUAAAAACAAAAAAAAUAAUUCACAAAUUUUACACUGAAAAAUUAUGAUCUGAAAUUGCCAGACAAUUUAAAAUUUUUGAAUUUUUUUUUCUACAAUUAAUUACGAAAAAAAAAAAAAACUUAAAAAAUGCACGUGUAGAAAAUUUAAAAAACUAAAAGUGCAAUUUUUUUAAAUAUUUUUUCUUUUUAUAAUUUGUCGUCUUUUAAAAAUUCAAAAAUUAGUAGAUGUCGGCCAAAUUCAGUAUCAUGAAAUAUUAAUGAUCCUUAAGUCCGCAGACAAUUCAAAUUCAAAAUUUCGGGAUUUUUUUUUGGACAAUUAAAUUUCAAGAAAAAAAAAACUAAAAAUAUACACAUGUAGAAAAUUUAAAAAAACUACAGGUGCAAUUUUUUCAAAUAUUUUUUUUCUUCUGGUUUAUGGUCUAAAAAAAAAUCAAAAAAUUAUUAGACGUCUGCUAACUUCAGUAUCAUGAAAUAUUAUGAUACUGAAAUUAGCCGUCUAAUAAUUUUUGGAUUUUUUAAAAAACGAUAAAUUAUGAAAAAAAAAAAUUGCACUUGUAGUUUUUAAAAUUUUCUACACGUGCAUAUUUUUAGUAUUUUUUUUCUUCAAAUUUAACUGUUCAAAAAAAAUUCAAAAAUUUUUAAUCUGUUAACUUCAGGAUCGUGAAAAAUUAGCAACCAUCACUUUGAAAAAAAAAAAAAUAUUCACUAUUAAAAAUUAUUUAAAAAAUUUUCAUUAUUUUUAUUCAGCUGUGCAGUUUAUUGCACAUGAGAGUAAACCAAAAUUAUCGAGUAUCAAAUUUAUCUUGCAAUAAUUUUUUUUUGUUAUUCUAUUAUUUAAAUUUUUAAUGUAAGCAAUUAUAUUUAUUGUUAGAAUAAUAAUAAUAAUAAAUAAUUUAUCUUCACCAUAAUUAUCAUUAAAUAAAAUAAACUA